AUGUGCUCAUCUUUAUUGGUGUGCGUACUGCUCUCUCUCUCUCUCUCUCUCUCUCUCUCUCUCUCUCUCUAUUUGAAUGUCUUUUUUAUCAACUCUCUUUAUAUUUCUAUAUUUCUCUGUAAUUUUUUGGUUUUAUCUCUUUCUCCUUUACUGUUUCUAAGUCGCUCUUUUUUUUUCUCUGUUAUUUCGCCUCUUUCUCUCUUUCGAUGUUUCUUUCAUUCUCUGUUGCAAAUCGUCCAUGUCUCUCUUUGUGUAUUUUUUAGUUCUCUUCUGCAAAAUUUCUCAUUUUCUGUUCGCCUCUCCUUACUCUCCCUAAGUCUCUGUUUUUCUCUUUCUCAUUUCCUUUCUCUUUAUCCGAAAACACUCGUUUUUGUUUACUAUCUUUCUUUCUCUACUGUAAAUCACUCUCUCUUUCUCUUUAUGCCACUAAUCACAUCUCUGAUGCAAAGUUUCUCAUUUUCUCUCUUUUUCUUUACUCUUUUUAAGUUUCUCUUCUUCUAUGUCCCGUUUUCUCUCUCUUUAUCGAAAUUUUUUCUUUCUUUCUUUCUUUCUUUCUUACACUCUCUCUUUUUCUAUCUCAUGCUUUCUUUCUCUUUACCGAAGUCGCUUUCUUUCUUCAUCACAAACACUCUUUUUCUAUACGAUUGGGCAGCGGUUGAAUUUUUAAUGGAUGCCCUCUGA